AUGACGAUGAAAUUAGGUUUUGGAGAUGUGAGAGAAGAGGCAUGUGUUAACCUACACUCUCAUGACGCCUCGGCUGUGGAAGUAGAGGUUGCCCAAAUAGUAACAACCAUUAAAAGACGAGCAGAAGAUACAAUGGAAGGAACAAUUCAGGUAGUCAACGAAUGUUUGAAUAAUACCAGUCAGGCUUCUCAAGCUCGACUUCCAAAUAGUUGCGCACUGAGGAAGACGAUCAGACGAAAACGCAACGAAAUUCAAGCUGCACCGCCAAACCCUGUUAAUUUGGAAGAAUUGCGGAUACCGGAACAUUACAGGAUUUAUGAAGUGUCAGAUGGCGUGGAAGAAAAUUUCCUUUUGGCGGACAAUGGAGAAGGGCUCAACAGAAUAUUGAUUUUCGGGAGAGACAGCUGGCUACAGCAUUUGCAAACUUUGUCCAUAUGGUUUGCCGAUGGUACAUUUCCAGUAGCAACGCCGCUUUUUUCCCAAGUGCACACCGUGAUGGCAACUAAAAAUAAUGGGGUCCACCCUAUAUUUUAUGCCUUUUUGCCAAACAAAUCACGAGCUACUUAUAGCCAUAUGUUCGAUCUAAUAAAGAAUUUGAAGCCAAAUCUGAGCCCUACUGCUAUCCAUUGCGACUUUGAGCAGGCAGCAUUCGCAGGCAUGAAAGAUUGCUUCCCAGGAGUAAAUAUCAACGGAUGCUUCUUCCACUUGGCACAAAACAUGAAGAAGCAUGUGGCACAGUUAGGCCAUCUUAAGAAUACAAUAACGACGCCCAAUUUGCUUUAA